UGUGUCCCUGACGUUGUUCCGUAGAAUGCGUCACCACGACGUCCCCACGCACGAAACUGAAAGUAGCAGGUCGGCGACAGUGCAGUGGCAGGACUGUGAGAACUGUAGAAAUGGAGAUGCGCCAAAGUUUACCUCUGGACUGUCUGAUCAGUGUCUUCUCACUUCUUCAUGAUGAAGAUUUAAUCAGAGCAUCCACCGUCUGUAAGGAAUGGUAUCAUGCUGCAGAGACUCCAUGGUUGUGGAGGAGAAUGUGUCUGCAGAAAUGGAGUUUCUGCAAUGUUUCGCAGCUGCUCUCGGACACGGGAACACACUCGUGGAAGGCUUAUUACCUGCGCCGCUCUCACCUGGAGAUGAAGAUGAAAACAGGCAGGUCCUGUGCGGACUACACGUGCAAAAGCCUACGAGGCCAUAAAGGCAGGGUUGUUGGUUUUGAAUACCUGGUUGGAAACGACGGCUGCUCAGAUGUUUGGAAGCAGACACCAGUGGUCUGCAGUGCAUCUACGGACGGCACAGUCAAAGCAUGGGACAUUCACAAGGGUGUUAAUUUAUGGUCAAGUCCUGCUCAGAGCCCCAUGCAGGACAUCACAGUUGAUCCGGUGCAGUCGGUUGUUAUUAGUUCUGAUAACACAGGAACAAUCAAAACCUGGAAGGCUGCGACUGGAGAGGAGGUGGCCUGCUUCCAGUCUGGAUCCUCUAAGACCACACUGCUGUCAUUCAACAGCAAAGACAGCUCUUUUCUCAUGGUUGGAACUGUUCUAGGGUCUCUGGUGGUCUUGACUUGCCCUGUGCUGUCUGAGGUCUCGAGGCAUGUGGUGUGCGACUCCUUCAGUUUAAACCUCCUCCGCUCAUCGCCAGAUAAAAAAUGGAUAUUCACUGCCUCCAAAGAAAACCUUGACUUGAGCCCGAAGGUUUUCUACAGUGACAGUGUGUGUUUCCCUGCUGAAGAUGAGGACCGUCUGUGUCAUAGUCUGCCAGUCACUGGCUGUUGUGCCGCUUUGUUUCUGCCGUCUCAACCCGCACGGCUCGCAGUCAUCCAUUCUGACGGCCGCUUCAACAACAACACACUCUCAGUCUUUGACCUGACCAUGAAGGAAUCCAAAUACAAAAAGGAAACGCAAGCUCAGCAAGUCGCCUCUUUUCAGGUAGCGCUAAGCCAUCGUUCGGACGUCAUUCUCAAGGCGAGAGGGAACAGCUCUCUUCUAGUUACAGAUGGAAACCAUCUGAAGGUCUACACAUUUAAAGGAGAACUUGUUGCUAGUUUUGAAGACCAUUUACAGCCAAUCACUGCUCUUUGUGUGGACAGUUUUAGGGUGGUGACAGCAUCUCGUGACCUGUCUCUCAGAAUACUGACCUGGAGAAAUGAUCCAGAGCAUGGACUUGCACUUGAAAGCCAGUAUCAUUUGCUCGGAGGCUCCUUCACAAGGUCCAGAGGAUUCACCAACGUUGCCUGUGAUUAUUCGAGUAUUGUGGGCUCUGUGGAGUCAGUGGAUGGGAACGAUGUUCUGAAGGCUUAUACCUUUGAUUUCUGACCACAUAAUCACCAGAUGUAU